GGAACGACUGCAAUGUAUACAACGAGGCUUCAGACGUGGGAACUGGAAUAAGUGGGUGGAUAACGCCGACACUUUUCUCCGUCUAAUUUAUCGAUUGAGCGCUAUAUUUUUUACUUUCUGAGUGUGCGUUUUCCCCAUAGUGAGGUGUGGCUUUUUUUUUUUUAAUUAUUGAGGGAUUUACUAAAGGAGUACACUUUAACUAGUCAGGUCAAGAUGGCCCAGUGGAACCAGUUGCAGCAGCUGGAGACCAGGUAUCUGGAGCAGCUCUAUCACCUGUACAGCGACAGCUUCCCGAUGGAGCUUCGACAGUUCCUCGCCCCUUGGAUCGAAAGCCAGGACUGGGCUUAUGCGGCCAACCAGGAGUCGCACGCUACUUUGGUGUUCCACAACCUCCUUGGCGAGAUAGACCAGCAGUACAGCCGCUUCCUGCAGGAGGGCAACGUCCUCUACCAGCACAACCUACGGCGGAUCAAGCAGCACCAGCAGAGCAAGUACUUGGAGAAGCCCAUGGAGAUCGCCCGCAUCGUCGCCCGCUGCCUGUGGGAGGAGCAACGGCUGCUGCAGACCGCCGCUGCCGCCGCCGCACAGGACGGACAGGCCGCCCACCCUACAGGGACUGUGGUGACCGAGAAGCAGCAGAUUCUGGAGCACAAUCUUCAAGACAUCAGGAAACGAGUGCAGGACAUGGAACAGAAGAUGAAGAUGCUGGAGAACCUGCAGGACGACUUUGAUUUCAACUACAAGACGCUGAAAAGCCAGGGAGAGUUGUCCCAAGACCUGAACGGCAAUAGCCAGGCAGCGGCCACCAGGCAGAGGAUGGCUCAGCUGGAGCAGAUGCUGAGCACCCUGGACCAGCUCAGGAGGCAAAUUGUGACAGAGAUUGGAGGCCUACUCACCGCCAUGGAUUAUGUCCAGAAGAACCUAACAGAUGAAGAACUGGCCGACUGGAAGCGACGGCAGCAAAUCGCCUGCAUCGGGGGUCCGCCUAACAUCUGCCUGGACCGCCUAGAAACAUGGAUAACGUCCUUGGCUGAGUCCCAACUCCAGAUUCGUCAACAGAUCAAGAAGCUGGAGGAGCUCCAGCAGAAGGUGUCUUACAAAGGGGACCCCAUCAUCCAACACCGGCCCGCCCUGGAGGAGAAGAUAGUGGACUUGUUCCGAAACCUCAUGAAGAGUGCGUUUGUAGUGGAAAGACAGCCGUGUAUGCCCAUGCACCCGGACAGACCGCUGGUCAUCAAAACGGGCGUGCAGUUCACAAAUAAAGUCCGGCUACUUGUGAAAUUCCCUGAACUCAAUUACCAGCUGAAAAUCAAAGUUUGCAUUGACAAGGAGUCUGGAGAUGUGGCUGCAAUCCGAGGGUCACGGAAGUUCAACAUCCUCGGCACUAACACCAAAGUCAUGAACAUGGAAGAGUCCAACAACGGCAGCCUGUCAGCGGAGUUUAAGCACUUGACCCUCAGAGAGCAGCGGUGCGGCAACGGCGGACGCACCAGCAGUGACGCCUCCCUUAUUGUCACAGAGGAGCUCCAUCUCAUCACAUUUGAGACCGAAGUCUAUCACCAGGGCCUGAAGAUCGACCUGGAGACUCAUUCACUGCCGGUGGUGGUCAUUUCAAACAUCUGCCAGAUGCCCAACGCCUGGGCGUCCAUCCUGUGGUACAACAUGCUCACCGACCAGCCUAAGAAUGUGAACUUCUUCACGAAGCCUCCAGUAGGGACGUGGGACCAGGUAGCCGAGGUGCUCAGCUGGCAGUUCUCGUCCACCACCAAGAGAGGACUAACCAUCGAGCAGCUCACCACGCUGGCUGAGAAACUGUUAGGACCGUCGGUCAACUAUUCCGGCUGCCAGUUCACCUGGGCCAAGUUCUGCAAGGAGAACAUGGCCGGCAAAGGCUUUUCAUUCUGGGUGUGGCUCGACAACAUCAUCGACCUGGUCAAGAAGUACAUCCUGGCGCUGUGGAACGAGGGGUACAUCAUGGGCUUUAUCAGCAAAGAGAGAGAGAGGACCAUCCUCAGCCCCAAACCCCCCGGCACCUUCCUGCUGCGCUUCAGCGAGAGCAGCAAGGAGGGCGGCAUCACGUUCACGUGGGUGGAGAAGGACAUCAACGGGAAGACUCAGAUCCAGUCGGUGGAGCCCUACACCAAGCAGCAGCUCAACAACAUGUCGUUCGCCGACAUCAUCAUGGGCUACAAAAUCAUGGACGCCACCAACAUCCUGGUUUCGCCCCUGGUCUACCUCUACCCAGAAAUCCCCAAGGAGGAUGCCUUUGGGAAGUACUGCAGGCCGGAGACGGCUCCUGAACCCGAGAUGCCAGGCGACUCUACAACCACUACUCAGCCAUACUUGAAGACAAAGUUCAUCUGCGUCACCCCGUGUCCCUCCGUGUUCAUGGACUUUCCGGACAGUGAGCUGCUUGGGAACGGAUUCCCAGGCACAAACUCCGGGAACACCAGCGACCUUUUCUCCCUCUCGCUCUCCCCGCGCACCCUGGAGUCGCUCAUGCCCAACGAAGCCGAGGCUAAUCAAGGACAUCUGGAUUCUCUGACUCUGGACAUGGACGUGGCGUCUCCAAUGUGAGGACUUUUUCCUCUUGGACACUUUAGUGACAGACAAUUGACACCGUCGCCAGGUUCUUGUAUGUACGUCCACCUCACUUGUUCUGUGGUUAUCAUCACUUUCCACUUCACAUCGAGUACUUCAUGUCCAUACAUUUAUGACAGAAUGUGUGUGUGUGUGUGCGUGUGUGUGUUCUGGUAUUUCUACCCUUCUUGAGAUAUCAACAAGGAAAAGUACCUUCCAUAUGAGGACCAGAGGUCUCAAGAAGGUAACAAAUACAAGAGUGUGUGUUUGUUUUUGUAUUUCUAUCCUUCUUGAGAUAUCAACAUGGCAAAGUACCUUCCAUGGGAGUUCCUGGAGGUCUCAAGAAGGUAACAAAUACAAGAGUGUGUAUGUGUGUGUUCUUGUAGUUAACCUUUCUUGAGACAUCAAGGGAAAGUACCUUCUAUAUGAGGACUCAUAUGGAAGGUGCUCAAUGGCCUAGUGCAGGGGUCACCAACGUGGUGCCCGCGGGCACCAGGUAGCCCGUAAGUACCAGAUGAGUCGCCCGCUGGCCUGUUCUAAAAAUAGCGCAAAUAGCAGCACUUACCAGUGAGCUGCCUCUAUUUUUUAAAUUGUAUUUAUUUACUAGCAAGCUGGUCUCGCUUUGCUCAACAUUUUUAAUUCUAAGAGAGACAAAACUCAAAUAGCAUUUGAAAACCCAAGAAAAUAUUAUAAAGACUUGGUCUUCUCUUGUUUAAAUAAAUUCAUUUAUUUUUUUACUUUUAUUUCUUAUUACUUUCAGAAAGACAAUUUUAGAGAAAAGAUACAUCCUUAAAAAUUAUUUUAGGAUUUUUAAACACAUACGCCUUUUUCACCUUUUAAAUUCCUUCCUCUGUUUUCCUGACAAUUUAAAAUAUAAAGCCCACCAGGGUUCACCCUAACCCAAAAAAAGACUCGACAUUAAUAUAAAUUCAAUCGGAUCAUAAACAUUGGAGGAAACGGGAUUAAAAGCUGAUGCUAACUGCCCAUAGAAAAUACAUGGGUACAGCUAGUAGCUACUAUUAGCAAACAAAUUAAUUUACCAACUCUGCUUAAUAUCUCAACAUCGACACACUCUUUCGUCGCAACUCGGCCCUGAUCGUCGACACCUAUAAGUUUACAAUUAGUUGUAAACUUUUGGACGUUUGUUUUUACAAUAUGCAGGCAAACGUCAAUGUCGAUGUCCCUAGUCUUAGCCACCGCACCUGGCAGCCAUCUUGAAACGCUGGAUUAUAUAGAGUCAUGGGUCACGUGAACGCGUUUGGUAAACUCACGAGAUUAAAUGUAGAAACGGCACAGAGGGGAUGCCAUGAGAGGAAAUAUGUCUUAUUUCCCACCCGUGUUACACCCUCCCACUUUAGACCAUGCAACUCCCGGUGCAUGCUACACAACCUGGAUACGAGGUUGGUCAGAGUUGACGGACGGAGAGGCGCUCCUCAAUGCUUCACUGUACGCAUCGGCUAGACUGUGGAACAAUGUCUGUACGACAGAAACAAGCGGACUACGGUUGCAUAUUGGAGACGCCUAGGCGGUUGUCGGUGACGAGCAGAACAACAGAUAUUGUCAUCGGACUCGUGAGUAUCGACAGGAACAGUCUCGUCAGGCAGAUUGAGCGGUAUGUCAAUCAGACUUGGGGGUGUCUCUGCCUGGCCAGAUGGCUCUAGUUCAUCCUCGGGUAGUUCAUCAUCCAUUCCGGAGGUAGGUGAACUUCCACCGGAUCCAAGUACUGGUUCAGGUUCCUCCAAAGGCAGAGAGACUUCAGGAGCGGCAGAGAGAUCUCCAUCAGGCAAGUGAUGGGUAACAGGAGAGAAGGUAGAUUCAGAGCUCACAGGACUACUGGCUGGAGGCACAGGACUGGGCCGCGUACACCGGGGCUCAUGGAUGGUUGCUGCAGGAGGAGGGACCACAUCCUUCACUGUCGGCUGAAUGUAAGGAACGUCUAACUCAUCCUCCUCUCAAACCUACCAUCUUGAAGACUACUGACCGAGCCCACAUCAUAGAUUGGCUCAGGACUUUGUGGCCCACCACCUUCAGAGGAAAGGAGGGAAACGGCGUUCGCAAGUUUCACCCCGACCACUUUGAUUGGUACGACCAUCGUGGCAGACUCACCGGGGUUCAUGGAUGGUUGCUGCAGGAGGAGGGACCACAUCCUUCACUGUCGGCUGAAUGUAAGGAACGUCUAACUCAUCCUCCUCUCAAACCUACCAUCCAGAAGACCACUGACCGUGCCCACAUCACAGAGUGGCUCAGGACUCUGUGGCCCACCACCUUCAAAGGAAAGUAGGGAAACGGCAUUCGCAAGUUUCACCCCGACCACUUUGAUUGGUACGACCAUCGUGGCAGACUCAUAGGCGUCAUGGAGGACCUGCACCAAUCGAACCUUUGUAACGGGAAGAUGCUGCUGGGCUCCUUUUAUGAAGAAACUUCUGUGGGUGGACCACAGCGCCACGAUGGUUUACAACUUGCUCACGAGCUCUGUCAAAAUCACCAUCAACUACCGGGAGUCCAUUUCCCACGCGGGGCAGUCCUUUAUGGUGCCAUGUGGCCACGCCUACAACCUCCACAACCUGGUAGCCAUGCCUGCAGUCAUCUUCACCAGAAUGGGGGCAGAAACUCCAGACUGAGGAGAUAAUGAAGCAGCAGCAGUCCAUCUUUAAACUACAAGGAGUUCCUGUGGAGGGACGACCGGGAACUAUUGAGGACCCACAAUGUCCCGCAAACUCAAGAUCUGUGAAGUGUGCGAAGUUGAAUCAGUCCACCCAAGCAAACCAAGUUCGUCUGCCCAAAGGACUGAUUGUAUCCAAAUGUACUGCUCAAGUAAACGUCGUCGGUCAAGAAUGUCAGUGUCUACUUGACACGGGAUCCCAGGUGACAACUAUUCCCGUAUCUUUUUAUAAUGCACACCUCUCACACCAACCUGUAAAGCCACUUUGUGACCUACUGCAAGUAGAAGGAGCCGCCGGACAAUCCAUCCCAUACCUCGGACUACAUAGAAGUAACCGUCACUUUUCCAAGAGACUUUCUCGGCAUUGACUUCAAUGUGAACACCAUAGCCGUGGUAGUCAGAAGUGUUCUUUCGUGAAUGGGCGGAAGACUUCCCACCCCUCUGCCUGCUCUGUGUGGGUUUGGGUGACCCAUACUGUGUGGAACCAGACUUGGCAUCCAUUAAGGACGUAAACUGCUUCUGAAUGUCUGCUAGCUGCUUGGUGAUAGUUGUCAGUUCACUCUCGCUCUUUUCUUCUGUAGCUGGGAAGGCAUACUGGGCGUGAGAGGCAGCUUUGGCCUUAACUGAGCCGAGAUGUUUCAUUCGCUGUGCUUUAGCGGCUUCUCGAUCUUCUCCAGUGCUUAACAGCAAUAGAAAUUCGGCAAAGGUUAGGUGGCGUUACUUUGAGUUGUUUCAGCUGCAAUUGUGCAAGUAGUGAAUCGUCCCAGCAGCCUCGGCAGAAUUGGUUCAGCAGGAAGUGGUCGGUUUCUGCAACUGCAGCUCCUUCCCUCUUCACUGCCAGGUUUAGUACGACCUGCAGGCGUUGUAAGUAAAUCGAGGGUUUCUCACCGGCGUCCUGAAAAGUAUCCAUAAAUUUGGCAUACAGUUCAUCACCGUCCUGGACCGUCCCAUAGGCGGAGUCGGGUAUUAGCAGGUAAAUCGCAGGAGGUGUUUCAGCUUGUAGAUGCUUUACCAUGUCGGCAGCCGGUGGCAGGAGACUCAAAGAUUUUACGGGACUCCAAAACAGAUGGAUCUUUCAGGAGGAGAUCUACCCCCGAACGCCAUGUAUCAUAGUCUGAUUCAUGUUGGGGUCUGGGUGAUCUCCCAGAAAACGCCCUGAGUCGGUGUGAUGAGAUUUGCAUUGAAGUUUCAUCGUUCUUGACUAUGUGUUCCACAACAUAGCGUUGGAUUUCGGGUAGGUUCACAUUAGGAUGAGGUGCAGGUCCUGGUGUGUGCUGAGGUUGUGCGUCAAAGCGGAGAUUUGGCUGUGCAGCUGGACUUUGGAUCGGGGUCCUGGCUCUAAGAUUCUCAGUGGGUGCCUGGGUUCCACCAUCUUCCUCCGGAGGAACCUUCACCGCCCCAGCCAUUGCGUCCAGCCCAGGGAUAGAUUGGCCAAGCAGAGAGACCACAUUAUUGAAAACCACAGCGUAAUCUUUCCCUGUAAUCCUAGCUAAAUUGUGCAAUUCAGCGAGGUAGGCUUCCGUUUGCUUUUUGCCCAACAAAUCUGCACAAAAUGCAGACAAUUUUUGAAUUUAACGCGGUUUAUCGGAUUCGCAAAAGCACGAAUGUGGCAAUGUUUUACGUAAGUCAUCCAUAGCUUUAGCGGAAUCAUAUUCUACGAUAAACACUUUACGGAGUGUGAAAGUAGAUCGAUCACAAAAUUCAGUUUUUGCAAUUUUGACAAAAACUCGAGGAUUUCAUUGGCAACUGCACCUUUUACAACAUCUCUCACUAUAACAGCGUUUGGUACCUCAAUACCGAGUUCCUCCAAUACUUCAAUGUCCACAAAACGUUCAAUAUAUGUGCACCAAAACAAUAACAACCAGUUCUGUCCAAAAAAAACUUACUCCUGGCUAGUUUGCUACUUAUGUAGCAGGUAUUUCGGCUAGUAUAGUAGUUCUCAAUAUUUGGGCUAAUCAGAUCUCUAGAUUACGAUUCGGAGAGAGUAGGGCAGACACAAUUAAAUACUUUAGUAGUUAGUGUCCGUCCUGAGAUCGGUAGGUUGUUAGUUCAAACCCCGACCGAGUCAUAACAAAGACUAUAAAAAUAGGUCACCCCUUACCUCCCUGCUUGCCACUCAGCAUCGAGGGUUGGAAUUGGGGGUUAAAUCACCAAAAAUCACCAAAAAUUAGCUCACUGCUCCCCUCACCUCCCAGGGGGUGAACAAGGGGAUAAGUCAAAUGCAGAGGACAAAUUUCACCACACCUAGUGUGUGUGUGACAAUCAUUGGUACUUUAACUUCUAACUUGAAGGACCGGAGGUCUCAAAAAGGUAACAAAUACAAGUGUGUGUGUGUGUUCUUGUAUUUCUACUCUUAUUGAGACAAAGACAAGUAAAAGUACCUUCCAUAUGAGGACCGGUAAUGUCAAAAAGGUAACAAAAAGAAAGAUUGGGUGUGUGUUUUCUUGUAUUUCUAUCCCUCUUAAGAAGUCAACAUGGCAAAUUACUUUCCAUGUGAGUACGGGAGGUCUCAAGAAGGUAACAAAUACAAGUGUGUGUGUGUGUGUGUUCUUGUGUUUCAACCCUUCUUGAGACAUCAAGGAAAAGUACCGUCCAUACCCUGCGCGAAACCAUUGAUAGUAUAGCACCGCUGAAGUUAAAAAAGGCUCCAAAAAGACGUACCCCAUGGUUUACAGAAGAAACUAGAGCUCAGAAAUUAUUAUGUAGAAAUCUGGAACGCAAAUGGCGCACGACUAAACUUGAGGUGCACCAUCAAGCAUGGAGUGAUGGUUUAAUAACUUAUAAACGCAUGCUUACUCAAAUCUUAUCCACCUUAAAACGAUCCUAAAUUUUUGUUUAGUACGGUAGCAUCGCUAACCCAACAAGGGACUCCUUCCAGUAGCUCCACCCACUCACCAGACAACUUUAUGAAAUUCUUUAAUAUGAAAAUUGAGCGUAGGGCGAGUUAGGACAUAAAUCAUGCUCCCAAUACGGAAAACCAUUGCAUCUAAAAGAGAAUGUCUCAUUAGCACCCCUGCUGGUGAAUUCUGUCAAAAUUAGGGUGGUCUCUAAAAGGAGGGAUAUUUCAAAUUGACUGUGUUUCGUUUUUAAGUGCGUCAACAUAUGAAAUAACAAGUGUGUGUAGUAAAUUGAAAUGCGCCCCCCAAAACUAAUUUAAAAAAAGAUAAUGUAUAUAGACAUAAAAGGAGGGAUAUUUCAAAUGGACUGUGUGUCCUUUUUAAGUGCGUCAACAUAUGAAAUAACAAGUGUGUGUAGUAAAUUGAAAUGCGCCCCCCAAAACUAAUUUGAAAAAGAUUAUGUAUAUAGACAUAAAAGGAGGGAUAUUUCAAAUGGACUGUGUGUCCUUUUUAAGUGCGUCAACAUAUGAAAUAACAAGUGUGUGUAGUAAAUUGAAAUGCGCCCCCCAAAACUAAUUUAAAAAAAGAUUAUGUAUAUAGACAUAAAAGGAGGGAUAUUUCAAAUGGACUGUGUGUCGUUUUUUAAGUGCGUCAACAUAUGAAAUAACAAGUGUGUGUAGUAAAUUGAAAUGCGCCCCCCAAAACUAAUUUAAAAAAAGAUUAUGUAUAUGGACAUAAAAGGAGGGAUAUUUCAAAUGGACUGUGUGUCGUUUUUAAGUGCGUCAACAUAUGAAAUAACAAGUGUGUGUAGUAAAUUGAAAUGCGCCCCCCAAAACUAAUUUAAAAAAAGAUAAUGUAUAUAGACAUAAAAGGAGGGAUAUUUCAAAUGGACUGUGUGUCCUUUUUAAGUGCGUCAACAUAUGAAAUAACAAGUGUGUGUAGUAAAUUGAAAUGCGCCCCCCCAAACUAAUUUAAAAAAAGAUUAUAAAUAUGUAUAUAGACAUACUCUAAUAACAAAGUAAAUAAUUAAGAUUAAAACAAAUUAGAAACAAAAAAGUAAAAAACUAAUUCUUACCUUUUUUAUGUUUGCAUUAUAUGUAUAUAUUAUUAUUGUUGUAAAUACAAAUCUUUAUGUAUUUAGAACGGGUGGUCCUGAAGAGGUAGGCAUUUUUCAGAGGUCUCAAGAAGGUCAGAAAUACAAGAGUGUGUGUGUGUGUUGCUUUUCAUUGUCAAAAGCAAGAUAUAGAUAGUUGUACUAUAAGCUAUGAAUGUAUUGUGUGUGUGUGUGUGUGUGUGUGUCACACACUUUUAAUCCCUGCCAGAUGGAAUAUUGCAGUGUUAACAUAAUAAGAAUCUAGUCCAGCACUAUAAAAGCCAUCAUGUACAUAGUGUAAGUUCUUCAAUGGACUUCAUGAAAAUGACUCUUUUCUCCUAGUUUGAGGACAAAAUGAACCUGUAACAUUUUUACUUAUUUGUAGUAUGGCCUGGAUUUAUUCUAAUCAUUAUUUUUGGAUGAUUUUGGAACUGAUUUAGAGCAAACCGAGAUGGGAUUCAAAUGUAUUUUUUCCCCCCAACUGACUGCUAGGAACAGAGGAGGCACUGCCAUGUUUGGAAAUUGUUUUAUGUACAAAAGAAACAUUCUGUGACUAUUCAUUAUUUUUGGGCAAUAAAAGAAAAAUUCACUCCAAAA